AUGGCCAUGGGAAUCCAACAACAGCAACACCAGGGCUCACCCCCAAUUACGAUUCAAACAACGACCCUUCGCGUCAGCCCCGAGAGGCCGGGCGAAACGGCCGGUAUCGACGACCUCGUUCGCCUUCGCUCGACGACGACUCUCGCUUCACCACCGUCGGCGGAGGAGGCGGUGAAGCCCCGCGGACACCUAAUUCAGACGCUGCCUUGCAUGACGCUGUACUCGCGCAGGCACCGCAUCAACAGGUGA